UUUGCACUGUUUGCAGUACCGAUUUCUAAGCUACAACACUUGUAUGUUGGGUUGAUAAAAUCAUUUUCUUAUAACCCAUAGUUGGAGUUUUCAUAAAUUCGUCAAAAUGAAGAUCGGACUUUGCGCCUACAGUGGGUACAAAAUCUACCCAGGACAUGGCAAAACCAUGAUUAAAGCCGACGGAAAGACAUUCACUUUCCUCAAUUCGAAAUGCGAGCGUGCUCACUUAAUGAAGAGGAACCCCCGUAAAGUGACAUGGACGAUAUUAUACAGACGCAAGCACCGUAAGGGUCAAGAAGAAGAAACGACCAAAAAGAAGACCAGGAGAACACAAAAAUUCCAACGUGCUAUUGUCGGUGCAUCCCUCACCGAUAUUUUGGCUAAGAGGAAUAUGAAACCUGAGAUGAGGAAAGCCCAGCGAGAUAUUGCCAUCAAGGCGGCUAAGGACCAAAAGAAGGCUGCUAGGGCAGCUAAGAAGCCUCCUCCACCACCUCCAACAAAAACGAAGAAACAACCCAAGAAAGUGCAAACCAAAUCUGUACAACAAAAGGCUGCUCCUCGCGUUGGUGGAAAACGAUAGUUAUCAUCAUUUAUUAAUAAAAAAUAUUGAAAAAACAA